AUGAAGCUCAGUGGCAUAAUCACGGAAUUGCCCCCGUCUCUCUCACACUCUCUCUCUCCCGCGCGUCGCUCUCUCUCUCCUCUGGUUCGCGACAGCCACCGUGGCCGACCACGUUUUGGCCGGCCGUUCGCUCGUCCGGCCACCAAAGUCGACGGGGCCGGUACCAAAAUGACCGGGCCGCCGUCCUCUUCUUACCCCGGCCAGGUCCUGCCGCCAGCCGCCGUGAUUUCGCCGGAAAACGAGGAGAAAAGCUCCGGUUUUGACAGAAAAUUCGCCGGCUUCGUUCUCCGUCGUCCGGCCACCGAUUCCGGCAACGUAGACAACUCGAUUUUCGAAUUGGGUUUCGGCCGGAUUUCGGGAUGA